CGGCGAUGACGUCACGCCGUCUCUCGUCGUUUGUGUGUUUAUUAUGUGGUUUUUAAGGAGCAGCUGCUAACUAAGUAGCAUUGAGCCUCGCCUUCAAACAUGCUCUGAUUUACACAGCUGGCAGGUUUGGAGGACAGAGAUGGCAGUGUGUGCACUGACCAUGCUGGAUGGGAUGGAGGAGGAGGUCACAGCAGCAGGCGGUGUGUUGCUCCUGGUCCUGGCCCUCGUCUUUGCUUGGCUUUCAACUCACGUGGCCGACCGGGGAGACCACAUCCUGGGCACCAUCCUCACCGUGGGCGCUCACGCCUCUCUGAUCGGACUGGGAGGCCACGAAAGCUACAGCGGAGGGUCUCCCAGCGCUGACGCUCCCGAACAGCAGACACCUCCGCCCUCUCAGGAGAACAAGCCAGAUGACGGCGAGCCGGGGACUGAGAGAGGAGAGGGGGAGGGGACUGGGGAGGGAGCCGAGGGGGUUAGGAUGGAUCUCCUGCUGGACAUACAGAGCAAACAACCACAGGCUGGAAGAUUGCAUACAUCAGAUGAGGAGGAUGAGGAGGAUGAUGAUGAUGAUGAUGAUGAUGAUGAGGAGGAACUGGAGGAGGAAGACAAAAAGAUUAUAAAGCAUAUUCCAGUGUUGUCCAGCACCAUCUCCCCCACUACUACUGCCACUUCCAUCUCUGUCCGUCUCAAGUAUUUAAAUGACACGGAGGAGGUAGCUGUGGUGGAGCCACAGGAUACAGUGGGAAUACUGAAAAGUAAAUACUUCUCAGGUCGGGAACAUCAAAUAAAACUCAUCUACCAAGGGCAGUUGCUGCAGGACCCCAAGAAGACUCUGUUUUCCCUAAACAUCACACACAACAGCGUGAUCCACUGCCACAUCUCCCAGGCCCUGCACGAGGCUACUCCAGAGGAAGGGGCUCAGCCUGGGGCCGGAGCAGGAGUCGGGUCUGGGGUCUCUGGAGGAUUCAGGGCUGCGGGUGUGGCCAUCAGCACCAGCAGCCUGGUGGUGCCUGUGUUCGUGGUGAUACUGGCUGUGGUGUGGUACUUCCGCAUCAACUACAGGCAGUUCUUCACCGCCCCUGCGACCAUCUCCCUAGUGGGAGUCACUGUGUUCUUCAGCUUUCUGAUAUUUGGGAUGCACAGCCGCUAAAAAGGCAGAGAGAGGGCACACACUUACGGCUGAAUGUUGUGGUGUAAAAUAAAAAUAACUACAGCAGUGGGCGGUGCCUGGAGAGACAGACUUAUCAAAACAGGGCUUUGUGCAGAUUCCAUAGCUGAUUGGAUCCCUGCAGAGUGUGUGAGCGUGUGUGUGUGUGGGUGGUAGGUGAGCCUGUUUGUGCAUGUACCAAGAUAAAAACAGAUGAGUGAUUGUACAGUAUAUGUGGAGUAAAUAAUAAUCCGCAGUGAGUGAAGUUCAGGUGAAACUGAACCGUACUCCUCUCCAAACAUGACUUAGUGGUCCACGCCAUGUUUAAACACUCUGGCUUUAUCUCGUCCGCUCUUGUAUCGUCGCUAAAGAUUCAUGAUGCUGUUUUUUUUGUCUGUCUUUGUUUUUUAGGCCACUGUUUGUGUUUUAAAAAAGUAAAAAUAACUGAUAGAUGCAAAAAUCUUUUGGAACCACUCACUGUUGUGCUGUGUGUGCCAGUUUAUCUACCAUUACAUUGUGUUAUUUGAAGGAGUCGAUCUCUAUGUAAGCAAAUACAGACUGUGCAGUUGCCUCUGUGCUAGGCUGACAAUUCCCAACAUUUUGUUGCUCAGAAACUGCUUUUUAGAAAUAGGCUAAUUUAAAUAAUCACUAGACAUGAAAAUAGACACUUUUUGAGAAGAUAUUGUAAAUAUAUUGUGUAUUUUCUGUAAAUAAAAUGAUAGAAUGAAUCAGAUGAACCUGCAUCUGGCACUUAAAGAUUUGGAGGGGGACAUUGAACCCUCCUGAUUAUGCUGGACUGCUCUGGCUUCAGUGAUGUCUCAAAUUAAAGCAUUUCAAACCAAA